AAUUCGUUCCCGAGUCUACGCCUUUCGUGUCAUUCAAAAAAGAGGCUAGACAAGCUCGAGAAAAUUUAGUCAAAUUGACUAUGUUUCCUUAUUCCAAAGUCCGGGAAAGGAUCGUAAGGAAUCUUCCGUAUAGCCCAUCUGCAUUUACUGGUAUAUCUUCUUUGGAGGUUAUGGGUCUUCCACAGAUCUCCUACGUGGAUCACUGUUUCACGACUACUCCUGACCCCACCCCCGAAGACGAGGAAUCUAUAGCAUGGACUGCUAUGAGUGCCUACACUGGCGGAUCUGAUACGACUAUCGCAGCCAUCAAGACUGCCUUUCACGCAGCGUCUCUCCAUCUAGAAGCUCAAGCGCUCGCUCAAUCAGAACUAGACCAAAUCGUGGGACAAGAGCGUAUGCCAGAGAUGAACGACCGUCCUAACUUGCCUUACGUGACGGCCUUUGUUAACGAAUGUAUGAGAUUGAUACCUGUUGUUCCCAUCGGUAAUAAAUCAUCUACCCAACUACCCAAACCAUCAUUCAGAGUUCCUAUCAAGCUUGCCGUGAGAUCCACAGCCAUUCCUCGCAGGGCGAUGGAAGACGAGACGAUUGGCGAUAACAUGCUCCGCGAUCCCGACAUAUAUGAAUCACCCUUAUCCUUCGAUCCCGCUCGUUUCCUUCCCGAAACAGGCACCCCAACCCAUCCAGACAUUAAAGGCCGGUCUGGGCUCGCCAUUGGCUCUCUCUCAUACGGAUUCAGCAGGAGGAUAUGCCCUGAUAUGCAUUUGGCGGAUUCUGGCGUAUGGCUCUAUGUGUCUACACUUCUUUGGGCAUUUCAAGUCUCGAUGGUAGACGAUGAUGGUAGUAUCGUCAAGGAUAAAGCAGCAAAGUGGGAAUCUGUACAGUUUUCUAGCGGGGCUAUCCAGUAUCCUCUUCCGUUCAAGGUGAAGCUUGUAUCGAGAUCGAGUGCUGUGGAAAAUCUGCUCAGGAAUGCAUGAGGUGAUCUGGGGGACACGAGACACGGUUACACACGAUGUGAUCAAUCUGCACUUCCCCCUCCCUCUCAAACGGACAUUGUGAUAAAACUACUAUCAUUCGCAGCAUCGAUUACAAGAGAAGCGUUAAAUUCAGGUAGGGACAUGCCAAGAGAU